GUGUCUCGGUAGUUGCGUGGCUCUCGCCGUGGGGAUCAGUUGUGGUCGGCACUUCUCACCAGCCAGAACCUCCGGAGCGCUGUUAUGUGUUAGUUCCGGGAGAAUAUUCCGAAACCCGGUCGAAUAAGUGGUAAGAGGAAAUCAGAUAAAUUACCAUUUCUGCUGCACCAUUCGUGGCACAGAGUACAUGCUGUUAUUCUAACAACACAUCAUGUUUCACGUGUCAGUGACGACCCUUCACUGUUAACAGUGAUAUUCUUUAUAAUCUGUGCAAGAACAUCUGUGGUGUGCGUCCUGUGUUACGGCAACUUUUUACGAGGAUGUUUGUUUCUCGCCGCGUGCGUUAUCCACCUUACUGUAACGCGUUUUAAGAGUGAGGUGUUCUACUGGGACGUUAGUUUUUGGUAGUGAAACGUGUUAGUCAAACUAAAGUCUUUUAAAUUCUGAACGACGGGUUUGGAUUUAACUAAAAUUUCUUUGAAGGUGUCUUCGAAGCACGAAACAAAAAUAAAAUGCUCUGUAGGAAUGUCCUUCAUUCUGAAUCUUGUGUGAAUCUGUGCAGAUCCAAAGAACAUGCAUAAGAAUUCGAAGAAGUGAAACAUCGUCGACAGUGUUCUGUUUUUGAAGGCGCGUCAAAUCAGUGGUGAUGCCUGCGGUAUCAUCUUGCCGGACACGAUUAUUGUCACAUCCCGAAACGUCCGACACGGCUUCAGACAUCCUGAUAACCACGCUCGCUCUUGUCCUGCCACGAAUAUCGCACCAGCACAGCAGCCCUGACACGACUGGGAUCGAACUCAAGUCCCCGUCCCCCCAUGAACCGAAUGUGCACCAGCUCUGCAGACGACAUCGCGUAGCCGAGAAAGGAGUGUGAGCGACAAUGCGCGGGUUGCUGAUGGUUCUACCCGUGCUGCUCGCGACCCUCCUCCAGCCAGCGUGUUCCUCCUUCAGCCCCAAGUCGACCACUAGCAACAGCCUUAAGAAGAAUCCUGAAGUCCUGGCGACUGUGGAGGCCAGUCUGUUGUCGCUGUUUGGGUUCAAACGGAGGCCGCGUCCAGGCAAGGUGGUGGUGCCCGAAGCCAUGUUGGAGUUGUACCGGCAGCAGACUGGGUUCGACGUGGACACCUCGGCGCUGCCCCUUCCGGGCAGACACACCCGCACGGCCAACACAGUGCGCAGCUUCCCACAUGUAGAAAGCGGCGUCGAUGCAAGUUUCCCGAGUCAACAGAAAUUCCGUCUUGCCUUCGACAUAAAAAACAUCCCCAAAGGAGAAAAACUGAAGGCAGCCGAGCUGCAGUUAAACCGAGAUCCCGCGGACCCGGAGGCUGUCGGCGGCAGGCUUUCCGAAGGAACAGCGACUUCAAACCGCGUCACAGCCAACGUUGCCAGAAAAGCGAGACCAGCCGAUAGGCCAAGGAAGAAUCCGACCCGGCGCUACCUCCAGUGGGUACUGGUACACGACAUCGUGAAGCCAGGAAUCCAGGGGCGUCGUGAACCCAUAACCCGCCUCAUCGAUUCAAAAGUUGUGGACGUUCGAGACGACAAUCCCAUAAUCUUGGACGUAGUUCCGGCCGUCGAGCGCUGGAUCGAGGCAGCAAGUGAGAAUCACGGACUCCUGAUCGAAGUGACGCCCGUAGAUUCCGCAAGCGAAACGCCGGCGACUCGAAAUAACGUGCGACUGCGCCGGGCGUUAGACGAAGACGACGCAAAAUGGCUGCCGAAACAGCCGAUCCUGUUCACGUACACAGACGACGGGAAGCACCGGCCGAGGACUGGCGAGGCAAUCGUAAGUAGGUCCAAGCGCGCCCCGCAUUCCUCCAAACGCGCCGCACAGUCCAGGAAGAGGAAGGACGGACGCGAGAAUUGCCAUAGGUAUCCGCUGUACGUCGACUUCCAGGACGUCGGGUGGAACGACUGGAUCGUGGCCCCACCGGGCUACGACGCUUACUACUGCCACGGCGACUGUCCGUUCCCCUUGGCAGAUCACCUCAAUUCCACGAACCACGCAAUCGUGCAGACUCUGGUGAACUCCGUGAACCCCAGUGCGGUGCCCAAAGCAUGUUGCGUCCCCACAUCCCUCACAUCAAUCUCCAUGUUGUAUCUGGACGAGGAAAGCAAGGUGGUACUCAAGAACUAUCAAGACAUGGCUGUGCUGGGGUGUGGUUGCCGGUAAACAUUCCGGACUUCUUCCAGACUCGUCUCUACGUCACACUGUUCCGGGCAGUUCGUCCAGGUUAACACACAUGCGAGAAUAAUAAAUUGUCGAUUUCGGGUGGGCGUGUGUGUGUGUGUGUGACUAGAUGCGUUGGGCGCGACUCUUAACAGUGCCCCGUGUCGAAUAAUUUAAGAGCUUGAAUGUUGUUACGACUCUGUCUCCCGUUGUGGCCGGGCAGGAUAAUGCAAUGUAUAUAUGAGAAUGGCAACUGGUCGAGUGCCUUCCGCCUUCAUACUGCCCGGCUGGUGACGAAGCAAGCGGUGAUGAUGGACUUAGUCCACUUUCCUUGUCUGGUUAGUUGAUCUCCACAACCGAGCAAUUCCAUAAAAGUAAAAAUAUCAGCUAUGUAAUUUCAAAAAAAAAAACAAAAAAACAAAAAAAACAUGUGUCUGGAAUUGCAGAAAAGUUUUCAACAAAUUACUGCUCGAUCACAACAACGGCGGAUGUCUGGUUUCGAGUCAAACAACAACCCGAUUUCCCCGUAAACUGUUUCUCUGAUUGUUUAUGGUCAUUUUUGUUUUUUGGGUGAUGUACGUAACCAGACAUGAGCAAGAAAUGACAACUGAUGCAGACUAUCGUUCCACUCGAAACAUAAAAGUAACCGUUCAGGUCCCCAACCAGACACGUGAACUACUGUAAAUCCAAGACCCCAAAUACACGUGGAAUGAGUAGAAUCUGACGACAUGCAGACGGCCUACACUUUCUGUGGCAUUUUCCCUGACGAUGAAUCUGUGUCUCGCUGGUACAACCUCACCCAACGACUUUUAUUCUGACAAGCAACUAACGCCUCGGGGAGGGGAGGGGAGGGGAGUGGCAGAAGAAAGGCAAAUCUAUUUGGACCGAGACCAAGUGUCAAGUGUAAACAAAACCCGAGCUAAAUAAUUACCUUGUUUGCGAGCCAAGCAAACCUGACGCGAGGCUUAUUUUUCUUACGCAUUACAUCACAAAAUACGAGCGAAAGAAACCUGUAACCUGGACUAAUACAGGCCCAGUCACGUGUUCGAAGCGAUCUUCAUUUUUCCUCCUUCCACGACAAUUUAAACACUAAUAUUUGUGCUGUUUGAUCAAAAAUAGAACGCAACUGCGCGCCAGUCAGUGAGAACAUUUUACCUUAGCACUCCGACGACAAAAUUCAUGGGCGUCCUAAUUUUAAAUGGAAACGACGUUUCCGUCCUCAGGUAAAACCUAGUUUGUUGCGUCCAACCUUGCCCUGAGAUUUCUUUGCCCGCCGUAUCAUGUGUUCUAAAUAACACCUUUAUUCACAAGAAAGAUUGUGUAUAUUGUUACAUUUAGGCCAUGGGAUGAGAUAGUUCACAGAUCACAGCGUAGUUUACGUCACGAGGAAGUGCUCAGGCAGUUAAAGAACAAAUUAAACGUUGGAACUACUAAAAUAUGAACAGCUGAUCUGACGAGAAACACGUAGCGAUUAACAGAAGACAGGCUACGCGCUCGCUUAACAACCAGAAGCGUCUUUAGAUCAGUGGAUCAGAGACUCUUUCGACCAAGCCCGGAACUAAAUAUUUGUUCACGACGUGCAUACUGCCUUUUUUUUUUCUAUAGUAAACUUCGUUUUGAUCCGAAAUCUCGAAUCACUGUAACUUCAAAACCGAGUGGAUUUUCUCAGUAUCUCCUAUUCUUCUCUGCGAAGUCACGUGCAGAAAAUUUGUAUCGGAGACACGGGAAAUAUUCUGACAGGAAUUCGUUUGUGAGAAACGUUGAAUUAUACCUAAGGCCUUCAAAAAUAAAAAUAAACAAAUUACUUCCUCUCGGACCUAAGUUGCUAAUCUGCUUUGCAGUACAGUUAUGAGAGGAUUAUCCGUCCUCUGUAAGCUCAGUUUCCUCUUUUGACGAUGAGCCGACGGACGUGCAUUAUUCUCGUUCUGUCAGGAAGUGUUAACGGUCCCCUAGUUUUCUUAUGUCUUUCGACCAUCCUGGAUUCUGGUCGCAUACCGAGGGCGAGGGGAGGGCCGGGAUCUCCACUUUCCUCUCUGCGAAGGAGACGUUUAUGUGGGCAAAUAAGUGAGAAAGUAUCUUUCGUACGGAAAUAAAAAAUUAAAUCGUGGAGACGGAUGUCAGUCUGCAUCAACCUCAGGCUUCAGAAUAAGUAAAUAGCCUUGUGUUCCCAACUAAUUAUAAAUUCCAACUAGUCUACACGAUGCUUGGCGCACUGUUCAACUUUGCAGAAGCAGAACCACAGAUUUCAAAACGGGAGCAGUGAUCAAUGACCCCAUAUUUAUUGAACAAACGUCACGACGAUGACGUAGGGUCAAACGAGGCGAAGGGGUCGUUCUGAGUCCGCCACGUGUGAAUGGUCGUAGUUAAGUGAAAUGAAAUUAUCGUACCUGGAGAUGGAAUAAUAAAUAUUUAUUUUUUUAACUGUGAAUAAUGUAUGAUAGUCAUUUUUCUAGUACACUCGGUCUGUAAGUAUCAGGACAGCUGUUCGUAUGUACAGUUCUGUUGUAUAUAUAUAUAGGCGGCCUCGGCCGAAGCAGCUGUGUAAGGACGAACCUGUUCCGUCAAUAAAUGCUCUUUUGUCACUA